AUGCAAGACAAGAUGCAAUCUGCGAACGGCAUGCAGGCGUUCGCGCUGGGUCUCAACAAGCGCCUCGCCGACGACGCUGGCAGGAGCGGCAACCUCGUCUACUCACCGCUGUCCGUCUACGCGGCGCUAUCGCUUGUGGCCGCCGGCGCCCGUGAGCGCACCCUCAACGAGCUGCUCGGCAUCCUCGGUGCACCUUCGCGCGACGUCCUAGCCGAGCACGUCCGCGGGCUCGCCGGUCAUGUCCUCGCCGACCAGUCCCACGCCGGCGGGCCUCGCAUCAGCUUCGCGUGCGGCGUGUGGCACGACAUGACGAUGCCCCUCCGCCCCGCCUACCGCGACGCUGCUGUCCAGUCGUACAAGGCCGUCACGCGUGCCGUCAACUUCCGCCAAAAGCCGGAGGAAGCAGGGAAGCAGAUCAACGCAUGGGUGGCGGCGUCGACAAACAACCUCAUCCCCUCCAUCUUCAGCCCGGGCGCGCUGUCGCCUCUCACCGACCUCGUCCUCGCCAACGCCAUCUACUUCAAGGGCAGGUGGGAGAAGCCCUUCGAUAAGGAGCUCACCAAGGAGGACAAGUUCCACCGCCUCGACGGCGCCGACGUCGACGUGCCCUUCAUGCGUGACUUUGAUCGGCAGCUCCUCGCCUGCCACGACAGCUUCAAGGUGCUCCAGCUCCGCUAUGAACGCGGCCGCCCAUUGCCCGCCCAGCCGGCGCCCAUUUACUCUAUGUGCGUCUUCCUCCCCGACACGCGGGACGGGCUGUGGCGGCUCACCGACAAGAUCAACUGCGACCCGGACUUUGUGCGGAAGCACCUGCCGAGGAACAAGGUCCUGGUCGGCGACUUCCGGUUGCCCAAGUUCAAGCUCAGCUUCGGCAGGGACAUGUCAGGCGCUCUCCGGGAACUGGGCCUCAGGGAGGCGUUCGACGAGGGGAAGGCCGAUCUGACGGGCAUGGCGGAGGACGGCGCAGGAGGAGGGAGGAGGCUUGUGCUACAGAAGGUGAUGCACAAGGCUUUCAUAGAGGUGAAUGAGGAAGGCACCGAAGCCGCGGCUCUCACCGCCAAUUUUGUAGUUGGGUGUAGUAUGUACUCCCCGCCACCGCCGCCGCGUGUGGAUUUCGUCGCUGACCAUCCAUUUGCCUUCAUUGUGACCGAGGAGGUGUCCGGUGCGAUCCUCUUCGCAGGCCACGUCGUUGACCCCUCGAUCAACUGA